CUAUUCUCCAUCUGAUUUGUUAGCGGCGCGCCAUCAUCCUGUUACGCGUUUAAAAAUGGCGAGCAAGGAAGCAUCGGUAUUUCUUGAAGAUCUGGAACCACCGGGACUCUCUUCUGCAGAGUGCCAAGUCCCAGUCGCGUCGCAAGAAUCCACCGUUUCUCAUGCGACAGUGGUAGAGUCAGACCAUGGCGACGCGUCAACCACGACAUCCACAACCGCGAAAAAACGACAAGUAACCCUUACAGACAUGUUUGGGAGUCGGGGAAGCAACAAACGUAUCAAACUCUCCCCGCAGGCAACGUCAAUAACGAAGGCUAUUGAGGGGGGAACUGUGUCUUCGUCGAGGGUGGAUGGUCCACCGAAGUUAAAUUCGAUCCCGUUUUCUCUCAAAGGUUUCCAAGACUCGCUUAAUGAAGAAGACCGAAAGCUAUUGAAUCUUGAAUGCCAAAUUCUGGGAAAGAGCUGGCUCAAGUUACUUCAAGACGAGAUUAAGAAGCCCUAUUUCAUAUCCUUGAAGCGUUUCCUUUGGGGAAAAGGUGUCAAAGGAUUGGACGACUCUGCUGCUUCACUCAACGUGUUCCCGUCUCCCCGCAACAUCUAUACUUGGUCUAACACGCCUCUUGGGAAAGUUCGGGUAGUCUUGAUUGGACAGGACCCGUACCAUGGUCCAGGGCAAGCUCAUGGACUUUGUUUCUCUGUUCCUAUGGGUGUUCGAGUACCGCCUUCCUUGAGAAAUAUAUACGCGGAAUUAAAGGCGGAGUACUCCGAAUUCGAGCCUCCAAAACACGGGAACCUUUCUUCCUGGGCCGCAAACGGUGUGCUGAUGUUAAACGCUUGUCUGACUGUCGACGAAGGCAAGGCUGGUUCACACGCGAAUAAAGGUUGGGAGACGUUUACCUCUAAGGUGGUCCAAAUUGUCGACAAGUACGGCGGUGCCAAUCUUCCUGGUCCAGGGGGAUCAGCCAGUACUGGAGUAGGGAGAGGUGUAGUAUUCUUGGCUUGGGGUGCGUAUGCUGAGAAACGGGUCGCAGGGCUUGACAAGACGAAGCAUCUCGUGUUGAAGAGCGCGCAUCCUUCGCCUCUGUCCGCGCAUAGGGGGUUCCUGGGAAAUGGACACUUCAGAAAGGCAAACGAAUGGCUGGAAUCAAAAUAUGGUCCAGACGGAAAGGUGGAUUGGUGCCACUUUGACAGUUAAGCUCAGAGUCAUGGGACGGUUUGGAUGAAGUUUGGACGGUGUAGAUGUAGUGGGGACGAUCUUCAUGGGUUUUCUUGGAUCGCUGUUACCUUCGACUUGCGACGGUAAUUGCUGUACAUUGUAUAUCGUAGAUCAGGACCUCUUGGUGCUAUCCCAGUAAGUAAAUAAUAAUGUAUAAGUGGAAUCACCGUUCGCCGGCCUGCGG